AUGGCUGCAUUGAGGGCAUCGAUGCUGUUACAUCCAUGUGUCGGAUCCAUACAGCCAAAGCCUGUGGUUUCAUGGCUCUGUGUGGUGGCCCUGCUGGUUUCUGCUGAGCAGCUGCACGUUCACACCCCCAUGUUCAGCCCGUUUGGUGGCUCACAAGGGCCAUUGAACACAGUGCCUUAGCAAACUGCAUCUGUUAGGCACAUGGACUGUGUCUCUGAGGCUGUGCUGAAAUUAAGCACAGAAGACUGAUCCCAGGAAGAGAUAAUGCUGCGUCCCCAUGACCGAGAGAGAGGUUGAAAAGGGAAAGACGCGGAAUUGGAGGGAGUAAAGCCUUUCAUUGACAUUAAACCGUGCUUAGAUGAAUACAGUACCAGUGUGUAUUGAGGCAGCACUGAAAACCAUCAAGAAUUGCUGGAGCAAUGUUGUGCUGUGUCCCGUUGCCUGAGGCCUGGCCUGCAGGGGCAGAGGUGUGCUCAUCUCCCAGUGUGCUGCUUGUGCAUGGAGUUUGCCUGAGGAUCUAGAAGUGGAAACAGUGGAGGGAAGCGUGUGUGAGAACUGUUGUACCCCUGGCUCACUGUGAGAGCAACGCAAACAGCCUUACAGAACUUCUGCUCUUUAUCUCAGGAAGCCAGAAGCUGCUCGUGUGUGCGCUCUAUCAGCGCGCGCUCAGCGUGUGCCGCCUGCAUCCCCGGGAGGAGCGCGGCCGCACACAGCCUGCACGGGGGGCUCGUUGCCCUCCACGGCCGCUGGCCGCCUCCUUCCUAUGCACCCGUGGCCGCCGGCCUGUGCUGGGAAUGCCAUUGAUCUCCGGCAUUAGUCAGCAGCCUUUGCCCAUUGAAAGCCAGCUCUUUCCCAGCUUCUGACACGUAAUUCUGAUCCCAUACCACGCACUCCCCACCUGCUCAUCUGGAGGAAGGUCAUUAUCCCCAGGCUAUUCACUGGCACUGGAGCAUGCAAGAAUAGAUGCUUCUGCUAUUGUGCUGCCUAUCUCUCUGAUUGGCCAUAGAGUGUGGGAAACUCCACCAAGCCGCAGACCCACAGACUCUCAGGAAGGCUGCACAGUAUAAAUACUGGGCCGAGGCAGCUUCCAGCAACACAUUUCGCCUGGACUUCCACUCCGAGACAGUCCUCCCUUCUCAGGACAGAUGGCUCCCAGCGUUGUUUUCAUGGAGCCCGACAACCUGCUGACACCAAAGGAGAAAAACAAACUCAGGAAGCCGGUGGUGGAGAAAAUGCGCCGUGACCGGAUUAACAGCAGCAUUGAGCAGCUGAAGCUGCUCCUGGAGAAGGAGUUCCAGAGACACCAACCCAACUCCAAGCUGGAGAAAGCCGAUAUCCUGGAGAUGACUGUCAGCUACCUGAAGCAGCAGAGCCAGCUGCAAAUGAAGACUUCAGGAUUCCAUAAAAGCUCUCAGUUUGACUUCAGAGAGGGCUAUUCUCGGUGUCUGCAAGAAGCUUUUCAUUUCCUCUCUCUUCACAAAGUCCGAACUGAAACACAGAGCAAGCUCCUAAGUCACUUCCAGAAGAGCCAAUCAGCUGCUCCAGAGGUUUUCUUUCCCCCCAGCAAGCCCAGCACCCUGAAGCAAGCAUCACCAAAAGACGCUGGUACUCUCUGGAGGCCCUGGUAGUCAGGGAAGCUCUCACUUAGUGAACAUUUGCUUUAUAGAGUCCAGAGGAAGAAUCUGACUGCAUCUGAUAGUCCAGCUCUGAUCCUCUCUUCUGUAGGGUGCAUUAUUUCCCCAUAUAUUUUAUUUAUGUGUGAAAAGAAUGGCGUGCUUUUGACUUUUGUGGGAUCCUUUGGCAAAAGCUCAGGCAUUCUGUUGUGUGGUUUUGAAGCUGUGUAGGUACUGGUGAUACAGCACACAGUGUGUUGCCCUGUUUGGGGGCAAAUGUCUUCCAAAUGAAGGAAGGUAUUUUUGUAGAAGUUACAUUUGUGAUGGGCAAGAAUUGCAGUAGGAGAAUUUUGCUACCAUGGCAUGUAAGAGCCAUUGGCUUUGCUCUGGUUUGACUGGUAACUCUUGUUUGUUCAGUCAUUCUGGAGGAUAAACGUGCAACUUCAGUUCAUGCACACUUAAUUCACUUCCAUUUUCUCCCAUCGGCUCAUAACUUGUCCCGUGUCAAAGGCGGUGUUUGCUUUGUCCUGGGUUUUUCUUCUUUGAUAGUCCUAGUACAUAAGGUGUGAUGGAUGAACUGAAGCUAGGAAACUAUGUGGAAUAUUUCUACUAUUUUGCUGCUUUUUUCGAUUUAGAAAAAUAAUGUGUUACUGCUUUAUGUUAAAGAAAAGAGUAGGUAAAAUGCUCAAUUUGUCAAUGUUAUAUAUUAUGGGUGAAAGUUAUGCUUUUUCUAGCAUCUUCAUUAUAAUGAUGAUUGUUUGUCUGUAUUAUGUGGUGUAAUUCAUGGUGGAUAGUGUUUCUCCCAUUCCUGGGACAGCCCUAUGGCUUACGUGCAUACUGUGUAUGCGUCUCUGUGUUUGGAGAGAGAAAUAAAAUGCAUUUGUGUGCAGCUUUU